AUGAAUGCCACGACAGCAGCUUUAGCCGAUACCAGGCCUACAGCUGAGACAGCAUCGUAUUUGAAGGCUGUUGUUAUCUUUAUUCUUCCUUUUAUUUUAACGUAUGUCUUCACUACGAUCGGGAAUAAAAAUUACCAGCAUGGUGAGGGUUCGAGAGAGCCUCCGAGGGUUCCAUACUGGAUCCCCUAUGUGGGCAAUACGAUUGGUUUCGCACACAACACCGAAAAUUUCUUGUCGUCUAUACUGUCCAAAUUCGGUCAGGUUCCUCUGCGCAUCUUCGUAGGUGCGGAGCCCAUGUAUUUCAUCCCUCACGGCAAAUUCAUUGUGGAACUUUUCAAAGCUUCUCGCCAUUUGACGACCAAAAGUCUAAGUGUCUUGACCGUGCGAGAUGCCUUCGGUCUUCCAGCGCCAGAUAUGGCGCUAUACGCUGGAGAUGACUCUGGUUUUGACGCGAAGCCCGCGCCAGGUUGGGAAAAUGUAGAACCCACGAAACGAUUCCACUUCGUGCAGCAUCGAGAUAUGCAUUCGUUCCUAACUGGAAGCUCGCUCAAUGCAAUGACUGGCAAAUUCGUUGAAGUCUAUUCUAGGAAUAUCGACCAAGAUGUCAAGUUUCACGAAGGCCACUGGACCGAGGUUGAUGACCUCUACGAGUGGCUUAAGAAUAGCCUGCUCCGUGCUGCGGUGGGUGCGUUGUGUGGAGAUAAGUUCCUUGAACUUUCACCAGACUUUCUCGAAGACUUUUGGUCAUUUGACUUCCACCUGCCAAACCUGUUCAAAAGACUCCCUCGGUGGCUAGUUCCCAAAAGCUACACUGCGAGGGAUAGAGCUCUUGGAAGUGUGCUGCGUUACCACGAAUUCGGAAGGCAACAAUUGGACUUUGAUGAUGAGGAUCUGCUCAAGAAAGACUGGACUUCGGAGUUUGGUGCCAGACUCAUGAGUGCGAGACAAAAGAUGUUCAAGAACGUUGGCAUCAGUGCGCGAGGCGGUGCUGCUCUAGACCUGGGCAUGAUGUGGGCUGUCAAUGCUAAUGCUAUUCCUGCCGCCAUGUGGAUGCUUCUUGGUAUAUUACUUGAUAAGAACCUCACACACAGGGUCAUAACUGAGAUGGAACCCUCAUUUCACGACAAGUCUCUCUCGUUCGAUAUCGACAGAUUGUGCUCUGGACCUCUGCUCAACUCCAUCUAUUUUGAAACUCUUCGUGUCCGUGUUGCAGCACCGGUCGGACGUGCCUCACUCAUACCCAAUCUCAAGUUUGGUAGAUGGCAGCUGAAACAGGGUGUCGGCAUGCUUUCAACAUCGUGGACGGGAGGCCACGAUCCCGACUUCUGGAACACUGGAAGUGCCCUGCCCGAUGGAUCUGACGAGCACCCUGUGGACUCUUUCUGGGCUGAGAGGUUUCUCAAGUGUGACGACGAUCCAGCAAGUGGGCCUGUCCGACAGGAUGUGAAAACCACCGCAGACAAGUCUGUGCAGCGGACUCCGGAGGACGACCGCAAAGCACGCGCUGUUCUUGAUGGCACACAGGGAUACUGGUAUCCUUACGGCGGCGGAACUAAGAUGUGCCCAGGCCGUUUCUUCGCCAAACAGGAGCUUAUGGCUGGCGUAGCAGUCGCGCUUCGUGCUUACGAGAUUGAACUUGUCGAUCCUGUAGCGGCGAGUAAGAUAGGGCCAAACAUGGACUACUUUCCGUUUGGAACUAUCCCACCCCGGGGUAAAGUCGCGGCGCGAAUCAGACGACGUAAGCUAUGA